AUGAUGUCCUUUGUCUCUCUGCUCCUGGUGGGCAUCCUAUUCCAUGCCACCCAGGCUGAACAAUUAACAAAAUGUGAGGUGUUCCAGGAGCUGAAAGACUUGAAGGACUAUGGAGGUGUCAGUUUGCCUGAAUGGGUCUGUACCACAUUUCAUACCAGUGGUUAUGACACACAAGCCAUAGUACAAAACAAUGACAGCACAGAAUAUGGACUCUUCCAGAUCAAUAAUAAAAUUUGGUGCAAAGACGAUCAGAACCCUCACUCAAGGAACAUCUGUAACAUCUCCUGCGACAAGUUCCUGGAUAAUGACCUUACUGAUGACAUUAUGUGUGUCAAGAAGAUUCUGGAUAAAGUAGGAAUUAACUACUGGUUGGCCCAUAAAGCACUCUGUUCUGAGAAGCUGGAUCAGUGGCUCUGUGAGAAGUUGUGA